UCCACGCAUUUGCAAUUGGACAUUGCUGGAGAUAUGUCUGGCAGAGGCAAAGGCGGGAAGGGGCUCGGCAAGGGGGGCGCCAAGCGCCACCGUAAGGUGCUGCGCGACAACAUCCAGGGCAUCACCAAGCCGGCCAUCCGCCGUCUGGCGCGGCGCGGCGGCGUGAAGCGCAUCUCGGGGCUGAUCUACGAGGAGACGCGCGGCGUGCUCAAGGUGUUCCUGGAGAACGUCAUCCGCGACGCCGUCACCUACACCGAGCACGCCAAGAGGAAGACGGUCACGGCCAUGGACGUGGUCUACGCGCUCAAACGCCAGGGACGCACCCUCUACGGCUUCGGCGGCUAAAGUUACCUGACGUCAGACUUCGCUUUUAAAACAACCCAAAGGCUCUUUUAAGAGCCACCCACUUAAACUAGAAAAGAGCUGCGACACUCAUUUUGUUAAAAAACCACCUCUUGAAGCUGCUGUUACUUAGUAAUUAGAAUCAUGUUACUAUUCUGCAAAUGUUUAUAGUACUUGCCAUGUAAUGUUUGGCACUCUACUUUGAGUAGUGAAAUUAAGUUGCCUAAAAGGGGUUUGUUUACUUCUUAAAUUCCCCAGUAAGCACUGAGCACCCUUCUAAUAAAGUACAUUAUCAUCAAAACAAUUUGAUUUCUGUAUUUAGAUCUCACAGAGUUGAGUGCAAUCUGAAAUAUUAAUGAUAACUGUACUUGAUCUAAAAAUCCUUUGACUGCAGAUCAGCGUUUGGGGAGGAUCAGCAUAUGGGAGUUAAAAAAAAAGGAUGUGUUGCAAUGGGGGGAAUAAAAUAAAAAGGAAGCU